AUAGCAGUAGUGAUAGACUUUAAACAAUGUGUGUGGCAGUUUGGUUAUGAAGCACGCUGAAGACGCCCCCCUCUCCUUUACUCACUUUUUUUGUUCCUUUCUUCUCUUCUCUUCUCUUCUGCAUGUAGUACUUACUACUUACUACUUACUGCACACACACACCUCUAUUCUAUUCUCAUAAACCUCACUCACACUAGUCAAAAAAGAUAACUACCUUUUUCUCACAUCAAUUUCUUUCUAUUUUUUUAUUAUUACAAUUAACCCAAUCCUAAACCAUAACCACACUUGCUUCAGAUUUCAGACUCCAUCCACAAAAACCAAAAUGCUCGAAACGAUUAAAUACCUCAUCGGCUCGACGGGUCCCAGCGGGUUUGGGUCCAAAUCCACCGCCGAAGAAGUGACUCAAAGCUGCGGUGACCUCCGCUCCAUCACCGCUAUCAUUACCGGUGGUACGUCUGGAAUCGGAGCAGAAACGGCGCGUGUAUUGGCGAAGCGUGGAGCGAGGGUGAUUCUACCAGCGCGUAGCAUGAAAAAUGCGGAGGAAACAAAAGGUAGAAUAGUUUCGGAGUGUCCUGAUGCGGAGAUUAUUGUUAUGCCACUCGAUCUCAGUUCUCUCAAUUCUGUUACAAAUUUCGUUGCCAGAUUUCACUCCCUCAAUUUCCCUCUCCAUCUCCUCAUAAAUAACGCUGGAAAAUUUGCAGAAGCGCACGCGAUUUCCGAGGAUGGAGUUGAAAUGACCUUCGCCACUAAUUAUCUAGGUCAUUUUUUGUUAACAAAGUUGUUGGUGAAGACGAUGGUUGAAACGGCAAAGAAGACAGGAAUACAAGGGAGGAUAGUGAACGUGUCGUCCGCCGUACAUGCUUGGUUUACUGGUGACGUCUUUUCCUAUUUGACUCAAAUAAGCCGCAACAAAAGCCAUUACGACGCCACACGUGCUUAUGCUCUUUCCAAACUCGCCAACGUUUUACACACUAACGAGCUUGCCCGCAGACUCAAGCAAAUGGAUGCCAACGUGACUGUGAACUGUGUUCAUCCGGGGGUCGUAAGAACCAGACUCACCAGAGAGCGUGAAGGCUUUCUUACAGGUUACUACUAUAUUGGAAUUACAACAACAACCUUCUUUUGGUUAUAUUUUUUGUUCGUUUUUUUUUAUAUGUCUGUAUUGCAGCCAUUAAUUAAUUUAGUUUUUUUCUUUCUUUUCCUUUCUGUUCUAAAAUCAAAUUGCAGAUCUAGUUUUCUUUUUGGCUUCCAAGCUCUUAAAGACCAUUCAUCAGGGAGCUGCAACAACGUGUUAUGUGGCAACCCACCCAAGUCUCUUCAAUGUCUCGGGCAAGUACUUUACUGACUGCAACGAAGCCUCCAUUUCCAAAUUGGGAUCCAACUCAAUUCAAGCUGCAAGAUUAUGGGCCGUUUCCGAACUCAUAAUUUCUAAGGGUCCAAAGGCUGCCUUUGACCAAAUUAAUCACCUUCAAUUUUGAUGAUUCUUGGGACAAUACAACAAAAAACAACGCUUUACAUAUAUAGUUUUAUAGAAUAUAUACGUAGAUGCAGAUGGAGAAUGGAGAAAACUCCUUAGAUAUUAUUUUCUUGAGUUUAAUUGUAUGCACCGUUAAUAUACAAAGUUUUAUAUUGUUAGUCUGUCACAAUCAUAAUAACUUUAGAGAUGGUUUUAAUAAAAGUUGAAUAUCUCUAAUAAUUUAACGGUUAUGAUCGACUGACAAUUAAAAAUUAUUUACACUGCUAAUGUGUAUAAAUUAAAUCA